UUUCCCGCCAAUUUGCCUUUAAAAGGAAGCGGAGCGCUCUGAGUGUCCCGCCAGCCCCCUCGCUCUUCCGCAGCGCAGCAGCAGCCGCAGCAACAACUUCACAAGCCUCUCCCUCAACGCCUCAGAGCCACCAUGUCGAUCAGCAAGAUCCACGCUCGGGAAAUCCUGGACUCCCGUGGGAACCCCACGGUCGAAGUUGACCUCUACACCGGCAAGGGUCGUUUCCGUGCUGCCGUGCCCAGCGGUGCCUCCACUGGCAUCUAUGAGGCCCUGGAGCUGCGUGAUGGGGACAAGUCCCGCUACCUGGGAAAGGGUGUGCUCAAGGCCGUGAACCACAUCAACAAGGAGAUUGCCCCAGCCCUCAUUGCUAAGAACUUCAGUGUGGUCGAUCAGGAGAAGAUUGACAACUUCAUGCUGGAACUGGACGGAACUGAGAACAAGUCCAAGUUUGGAGCCAACGCCAUCCUCGGUGUGUCCCUGGCCGUGUGCAAGGCCGCGGCGGCUGAGAAGGGUGUGCCCCUCUACCGCCACAUCGCCGACCUCGCUGGAAAUAAGGAAGUCAUCCUGCCCGUGCCGGCCUUCAACGUCAUCAAUGGCGGCUCCCACGCCGGGAACAAGCUGGCCAUGCAGGAGUUCAUGAUCCUGCCGGUCGGCGCCUCCAGCUUCCACGAGGCGUUGCGCAUUGGCGCCGAGGUCUACCACAACCUCAAGGGAGUCAUCAAGGAGAAGUACGGCAAGGAUGCCACCAACGUGGGUGAUGAGGGUGGCUUUGCCCCCAACAUCCUGGAAAACAAGGAAGCCUUGGAGCUGCUCAAGACCGCCAUCAACAAGGCGGGCUACUCAGACAAGAUCGUCAUCGGCAUGGACGUGGCAGCCUCCGAGUUCUACCGCAAGGGCAUGUACGACCUGGACUUCAAGUCACCCGACGACCCCAAGCGCUACAUCACCCCCGACAAGCUGGCCGAACUGUACCAUGGCUUCACCAAGGACUACCCAGUGGUGUCCAUUGAGGACCCCUUUGACCAGGAUGACUGGGAAGCCUGGACCAAGAUCACGGCCAACACCAAAAUCCAGAUCGUUGGCGACGACUUGACCGUCACCAACCCCAAGCGCAUCCAGAAGGCUGUGGAUGUCAAGGCCUGCAACUGCCUGCUGCUCAAAGUGAACCAGAUCGGCUCUGUCACCGAGUCCAUCAAGGCCUGCAAGCUGGCCCAGAACAACGGCUGGGGCGUCAUGGUGAGCCACCGCUCCGGUGAGACCGAGGACACCUUCAUCGCUGACCUCGUCGUUGGGCUGUGCACCGGCCAGAUCAAGACUGGUGCCCCCUGCAGAUCUGAGCGCCUGUCCAAGUACAACCAGAUCAUGAGGAUUGAGGAGGAGCUUGGGGACAAGGCCAAGUUUGCUGGCCGCAGCUUCCGCAACCCCCAGAUCAAGUAAAGAAAGCAAGGCCAUCGUAACCAAGGCUUCAUCGGGCGGCCAGUUUGCUUCAAGAAACCUAAGGCUGAAUAUGGCAGCUACGCUAGCAGAAAUACAAAAAGAAAAAACCCUAUAGACAAGCCGUGACACACUACGGUUGCUUCAGUAACAGUGCGGUCGGUGUUGUGAUGGUUUAUGUUGUCAUUGUCAUCGUGAUUUAUCUAAAGUGUGUACUUGCUCCAGAGAAAGUACUUUUAGUUGCUGUCUCCUUUUGCCGUUCCUGUCCGUGUGCUGUUACUGCGUGCGCUAAGUCUGCAACCGCACCAGCUGAUUUGUAGCUGCAUAUUCAGCUGUGCAAAAUAAAAUCAUUGAAAUGA